ACCCCCUUCUCUGGGAAGAACAGAGCCAGUCCUGUCCCCCACCCCCACUACGCUUUGCCUGAGUUCCAACUCUGUUUUCACUUCUAUUUACUGUCCAAAGUCCCUGGGGCAGGAGAUGCCAGCUUAGAAUCACUGGGACACUCAGACACACGGGCUCAGGGCCCUGGCCUGGAUGACCCACUCCGUUCCUCUCUUCUUCUCAUCUAGUACCACCUGCCCCCGUUCUCCUGUCUCCAGCCCCUCCUUUGACCUGGGGCCUAGGCUGCCUGAGGGACCCAGCAGUCCGCCCUCCAUACCUCCAACAGCAUCGGAGCACAAGCAUCAGCCUGAACUCAGCCCCAGCCCCAAGAGCAGCCUCAACCUAACCCCAGAUCCAGCUCCAGCCCUGGACCCAGAAUGGCAAAGGACUUUCAAGACAUCCAGCAGUUGGACUCUGAGGAAAAUGACCACCAGCUCGGUAGAGGAGAGGGGCCAGGCUCUCAGGGGCGCCAUUCCAGGACAGAAGAUCCAUUCUGGAAAGGGACACCUCCUCCGCAACCCGUGCUGCUGCAGCGUCUCUGCUCCAGGCUCCGCCUCAGCCUGCUCAUCCUGGGCAUCAAUGUCCUGCUGCUGGUGGCCAUCUGUGUGAUUGGGUCCCAAAGAACACAGCUGCAAGUGGAACUGUGGACCCUAAAAGAAACUUUCAGCAAUUUCUCCUCAAGCACCCUGAUGGAGAUCCAGGCUCUCAGCUCCCACGGAGGCAACGCUGGUGACAAGGUGACAUCUCUGGAAGCCAAGCUGGCGAAACAGCAGCAGGAGCUGAAAGCAGAUCAUGCCACCUUGCUCCUUCAUCUGAAGCACUUCCCAGUGGAUCUGCGCAUCCUAGCUUGUCAGCUGGCAUUCCUCCAGAGCAACGGCACAGAAUGCUGCCCCGUUAACUGGGUGGAGCAUGAAGGCAGCUGCUACUGGUUCUCUCACUCUGGGAAGACAUGGUCCGAGGCUGAGAAGUACUGCCAGCUGGAGAACGCCCACCUGGUGGUCAUCAACUCCAGAGAGGAGCAGAAAUUCAUUGUACAGCACACGAGCCCCUUUCAUAUCUGGAUAGGUCUCACUGACAGUGAUGGCUUCUGGAGAUGGGUGGAUGGCACAGACUAUAGGUAUAGUUACAAGAACUGGGCUGUCACUCAGCCAGAUAACUGGCAUGGGCACGAGCAGGGUGGAGGCGAAGACUGUGCCGAAGUCCGGCCUGAUGGCCGCUGGAACGACGACUUCUGCCAGCAGGUGUAUCGCUGGGUGUGUGAGAUGAAGCAGAACAUCACCACCUAGGAGCCCCGAGCCCCGCAGAUCUCUAGCCUGUCCCCGACCCCUGCUGCCCCCAGCCUCUCUAUUGGGGAUUUUGAAGAAAGGAAGAAGAAAAGAGAGCCAUGGGGAGGGGUUGAGGAAAGAGAGAAGGAGGUGGUUUAAGACUCUCAGACCCUGGGAAGACUGAGAUCCCACAUCCUGCAAGUCACAGUAAUUAUUAUAAUUUUCAGCCUCCUCAAUGGAGUAGGAAAAGAAGAACCAAAUACUUGAAA